AUGCAGACACAAGAUAACAAAGAUUUAUUUUUAAAAGUAUGGAGAAAUGUUUUCAUAAGAACUAGAAUUUUAAAAAUGUUGUCUUUAUACAGAUUCAACUACAAGGAAUUUGAUUCAAGGAAAGAUUUGUUAGAGUAUGCAGAUAGAGAUUAUAUAACCGAUUUAAAAUGCCAGUUUAAUGAAGAGUUACAAGUUGGUGAUAUUCCUUAUGGAACACGUUCAAUAGAAUUCUUUUCUCUGUAUAACUAUGAACUGAAAAAAGAUGUGUUGCCACCCAAUAUAAAGAAUAUAUAUUUUGGUAGAAGUUUUAAUAAACCAAUAAAACCAGGUAUUUUACCACCAUCAACACAAGAAAUCACAUUCAACUAUGAUUAUAAUCAAUCACUUAUAGAAUCAGCAAUACCAGAUGGUGUAAAGACCAUUACAUUUAAUGUCAAUUUUAAAAAAACUAUAAAAAAGAAUGACCUUCCUCCAUCAUUAAAGACACUAGUAAUACCAGGAUUUAACCAAGAAAUAAAAAAAGGCGUAUUUCCACAAGAUCUAGAAUAUUUAUCACUAACAGACUUUAAUCAAACAAUUAAAUCUGAUCAAUUACCUCCAUCAUUGAAAUUUUUACGUUUAGGUGAUCACUACAAUAGUCCACUAAAAGUAGGCUCACUUCCCAUGGGCUUAGAGACCCUCAUUUUUGAUUCACAUUAUAACCUUCCACUUAAAAGAAAUGUAAUACCAUCAUCUAUACGUACAAUAAUAUUUUCUUCAUUUGACCAUCCACUCAAAGGGUUUGACUUACCAUUGGGCUUGCAUACAUUGAUUCUAGGGUAUUCUUUCAACCAACCGCUUAAACCAGGUGACUUACCAAAGAGUCUACAUACAAUUAAAUUCAGUUACCAAUUUAACACUCCUUUAGUCGUUGACUCUUUACCAAUGAGUAUAGAGCGUAUAAUAUUUGGUCAGUCCUUCAAACAGGUUUUAUUUAAAGGCCAUAUCCCAGAGUCUGUAAAAGACAUAAAAUUUGGACCAUUCUAUAACUUACCGCUAAAUCAAUACUCUAUUCCAAACGGGGUAGAAACCAUCACAUUUGGCUUUAGUUUUAAUCAACCUCUAUUUCUACCACCCACAGCCAAAAGAGUAAACCUUGACUCCCAUUUUAAUCAGCCAAUUUUUGGUCUUCCAAACAACAUAGAACAUUUAUCAUUUGGAUACUUUUUUAAUCAACCAAUUAAAGGUGCUUUGCCAACAUCUCUAAAAUCUUUAGAAUUAGGUCCAUCGUUUGCAUAUAGAAUAACAAGUGAUUGCUUACCGCCAUCUUUAGAAACUUUAACACUCUACUAUGAGAACCAAAAUCCAAUCAAUGAUAAUUUAGACCUUCCAAAAACAAUUAAAGUGAUAUAUAAAAGAUUUAUGCCAAAAAAAAUUUAUUAA